UCAUAACUUAUGCAAUUUAGUGUUAGUAAACCCGCUAAAAUCCGUCGCUAGGUAUCGCAAGAGCAGUUAUAGAUAAGGUCCCUGCGUUUGCCUCUUAAACUGGAUACGGGAGCUUUAGAGCCUUUUUCGACGGAAUACGAGUUCAGGGGAGUUUCAAGAAUGGCCAAUCGGUUCUUAAUCACAGUGCUUGCACUGGCCAUGUUACACAUCGCCUUAGCCAGACCUACAGAUCAAGACAGAAGACAAGUCUCUUGCCGAGUGGUGGAGGGGGAAUUAUUAUGUGAUAUAUACAGCACAGGAUUGUCAGAAAAUAAUAAUGCAAUAGAACGGUUGAAAUGUCAUAUAGAUCGAGACGGCGAACUGAAUUGCGACGAUGAUACGAUGGAAGCAUUAAACAAGUUAGGAUCACUUGAUGGCGCUGAUGUGAUACCACGACCGUCGAGACGAGGCACGCGUUGUUGGAUCGAGGGAGGAACCAACACCUACAAAUGCAUGGGAAAAUAAGGUUCGGCACCAGUUCCAGGAAUGUGACGGGGCUCCAGUCGUCUACGUUCCGAAACAAACUAGACCUAAAAAAACUGGCGGAGGAGGAGGAGGGCAACUGUAUGAAUCCAUUUAACCCCCGAGCAGACGACAUACCCACAUUUUCUCAGAGGCUAAAGUGUUGGUGGAAAGAUAUUCAAAGGAAAUUUUAUCAAAUGGCCCUCUGAACAGUUUUUCUUGCAUUUUGUUCAAAAUUUGCCAUAGAAGGCAGACGGCACUGCCAUAGAGCGGGAAGGGCAGACAGGGGUUAAUGAGUUGAUUUCUAGAUGAUUCGCGACAGUCAUUCUCCUUCCGGAAUUUUCAACCAAUCAGAGUGAAUUUGCUGCUUUCGACCGUCAAACAUCCCAGUCAACCAAUCACUGUCGCUUGUCUGGGAUUUCAUCUCCGCAUUGAAUGCUACGCUGGAUUAUCGUCGACUGCUGAAAAUAAUAACAUCUCAGACUAGAUGUCGACCGUCAACAAUGGGGUACCGUGGUCUUCACAAUUUAAAAAAAAAUUAGUUUGUCGAAGGAAAUCCAUUUGAUGUGCCAGUGCUCGGAUAUUUUCGCCCAUGCAAAUCCUCCUAGAUAUCAUAUCAUCAUCAUCAUAGACCAUCAUACCAUUGUCAAAUCUUUGCGAGUGAUCCACCGGCUUCCCUGUGGAUAUCCCGACACAUACAUGAACCCACCACUUUCUGAAAAAAAGUCGUAGUCGGUGGAUCAAUCGCAAUGUUGAACGCGGUGGGCUUCAGUCCCAAAACGUUCCCGUCGAAGGUUCUCUCCCGACACAUUCCUGAGCCCGAACGUUGUUGCAGGGUGUUCGCGUGGACGGGAACGUGUCGGGAACAAGUAUAUCGGGAGUCGAUGGAUGACGCGCAUAAUAUGGGACUCGAGGAUGUCCCAGUGAUAAUCCUCUGAACUAAGCCCGCUGUUAGAGUUCCUUAUCAACGAUGAAAUUUGUGAUGUUUUUCUCAUGAAUUUUUUUUAAACAUAUUGAUUUAAACGACCGCGAAAAAAAUUAAAGAGAAUCCUGUCUAAAAAUAGUGACGAUGCAUCCCUAAUUAUGAAAUUUGCUAACAAAUUGAA